CUUCUAAGCAUGCGUCAACGCCGCCACCAUCUUGGAACGGGGCCAAAUUAGUUUUCCCGCAUUCAGAUCAACGCUAAAGAUGCCAGACUUUUGUGCUGCUUAUGGAUGUUCGAACGAAAGAAAUGAAAAAGCCAAACAGCUGAGAAUGUGUUUUCUGUUAUAUAUAUAUGCCGCCUUCGACCUGCAAUCUGAGCUCCGGUGGCAGCGGGAGGUGGAGAGUUCCAUGGCCGGCGGCAGUGUCUCUUCCCCCGGGCAGGAACAUAGCUUCGCCUCGCUGCUGCGCUGGUCCCCGCUGAUCCAGAUGGAACUGGCCAAAGACAGAGUGGUGAUCGGGAGGAUCUUCCACGUAGUCCAGGACGACCUGUACGACGAUUCCGACAGGAAGCUCCACUGCGUUCCUGGCGGCCGCAGACGGAGAGAAGCUACAGCGGGGCAGCAGAGUCUGCAGGAUCUGGAACUCACUGCCCGCUUCCUGGGAGCCAAAACCAACUCCACGCAGCUGGAGGCCCAGGCCGUACUGCUGGGCCCGCUGGAGGGAAGGGAAGCCCGGCAGAAUCAGAACCAGGACUGAGCAGAGCGGACUGUCACAGCCUGCUGAAGUUUAAAUCACAGGUUUCCUAAAGGGAGUCUGGCUGGACUCAGACUGUGGACAACGAAACAUGAUUUUAAGUCUCAUUAAAUAAAUAAAUACAUGCAGAAAUAAAUGAAUAAAUAGUGGAGGAGUGAGACUGGACAUUUUAGUCCAUUUGGACUCAGAUCUGUGAACUGAUUAUAAUAAAUAUUCUUUGUAUUAACACAUGAAUUAGU